UAUAUUACGAGCAAUACGUUUUCCAAGCAGCCAAGAAGUUUUAAAGACCGGUAUCGUGCGAAAAUUUUAUUCGACCGGGUUUUACUUGCGUUGAAAAGCAGUUCACGAAGACAUAAUGAACCAGUUCCUGCAACCUGUGCUGGUUGUCCGGGAUCGUACGAGCCGCGACACCAGACGUCGUUUCCAGCUGCAAUGGACAAUUGAAGAUUUCUCGUCAUACCGUAAGAUUACGGCGUAUCAGUACAGUGCCGGUGUGACAAUGGCUGAACUGGGAAUGGAGGCGUAUGCCGGACGAUGGCGUGUCUGUGUUGUGCCGCUUCAUAAACCCGUGACCCCGAAAACCGAACCACCGGUAAUGGAUACCAAAGGAUCCGCACAGCCAGCUUCAAGCGUCCUGGCUCCUCCAACUUAUUACGAGGCAGUCCUUCAGCCGGAGGAUCUGCAAGGAACUGAUAACUCUAAAAGCCUGAACCCCCGAGAACAGCGCUUCCGCCAACGGAACCAGUGGAACCGGAAUCCGAAACCCAGGAACAGAAAUACGUUUCAGUUUAUCUCUGCUUCAGCGACCCGAAAACAGCCUACAAGAAGUACAGCGGCGAACUCGGUUGUUUCGUACAAUAUAAAACAAGUGUGUUUACUGGAAAAUUAAUGGAAACGCCCGUUGCGUCUUGUCCGGUGUCCAGGCCCGUAAAAUUCACCAAUACUACCACCCUCUGGGGCUCCACAAAGGUGGUGACCCAUGACCGUCUUUUCGGUGUCGAUAAAGUGCCGGGGAUUAUCAAAAACGACUGCAUCACCGUCAUCAUCGAUGUCACAUUAUUCGAAGAGCCGGAAACUGUGCGUGUAUCGGAGACGACCAACAAACAGUCACCGGCGAUUUACGAAGCGUUCCUCCAACGUCAAUUACAGAUGCUGUGCUCCGAACAACAUCGGCAAGCGGCGGACUUCACCUUGUAUUCCAAUGACGGUAAUGAUUUUCAUGUGAAUCGCUUCUUCCUCAUGGCGCAUUCACCGUUCUUCGCGGCCUUACUGACGGGUGAUUCACCGGAAAAGCGUCAGGCCAAAUAUGAGUUUCCGGAUCUGGAUGGGAAUAGUGUGGAGAUUAUGUUGGGUUAUUUGUACGGCAGUUAUGUGGACAAGAUUCAUAGCGGCAAUGCGGAGAAAGUGCUGGAUAUGGCGGACAAAUAUCAGGUUACCGGUCUGCGUGUAGUAUGUGAAAAAGCCAUGGCGGAGAAUAUUAAUGCGGGGAAUGUUGUCGAGUAUCAAGUGCUGGCGCGACAGAAAAAUCUAGAUGUGCUGAUGAAUGCUGCCUUCCAGUUCAUUGCGAAUUACCAGUCUGUGCACUCGAAGGGCAGCAAAUAAACAGCGCCGGUUUUCGAUAGUGCAGUACGAUGGCUUUGUUUUAUAAAUGUGUUUGCGUUCAAGCACUUGUCUUACUAAUUACUGUUGGCAAAUUAGCAUGAUUAAGAAGCUAUGCAAAUGACCAAUAAUUAUUUAAAAAACAGUUUACGAGCAAUGGUCAUUCUAUUCAGAAUUGGCUUACGAGCAAUUUAA